AUGGAUCAGGCCAACACAACAAACUACAAGGAGGCUUUCGCUCUCUUCGACAAGCGCGGUAACGGCCGUGUUCAACUCGAGUCCCUGGGCGACCUCCUUCGCGCAUGCGGCCAGAACCCCACCCUCGCUGAGAUCAGCGACCUUGAGAAGAGCAUUGGCGGAGACUUCGACUUCGACUCAUUCUCAAAAGUCCUCAACCGCGCCGGUGGUUUCCGCGACCCUGGAGAGCCCGAGGAGUACUGCCGCGGUUUCCAAGUCUUCGACAAGGACAUGACUGGCUUCAUUGGUGUCGGUCAGCUCAGAUACAUCCUGACCAACUUGGGCGAGAAGAUGAGCGACGAUGAGGUUGACGAGCUGCUCAAGGCUGUUGACACCAGCAGCGGCGAGAUCAACUACGUUGACCUCGUCAAGACCGUUCUCGCAAACUAA